AUGGCUGCUGUAUCUCCAGAAUAUGCCCACCAGACUAAGGGCCCACGAAUAUUGGCUGUCUUUUGGGCCAUGACCAGUCUUGCAAUUCUAGCUGUGGCAGCCAGGCUCUUUAUCCGUCUCAAAGUCUUGCGCAACCCAGGUGCAGAUGACUGGCUGAUCGCAGCGUCAAUGGUUUUCAGCAUAUCAUAUUCUGUAGUAACCACGGUCGAUGUCGCUCUAGGUUAUGGAAAACAUGCAGUCGUCAUAGCAGAUAGACUAGAACUCGUUCUGCUAGUCAACUAUAUCAACUUCGCCUUGGGUAUAAUAUCCUUCGCCUUACCCAAAUUAGCCGUGGCAGCCCUGUUGAGCCGUUUUCUGAAUCCGACAACUAUACAACGUGCGAUCUUGUGGGGGCUGACGGGCAAGAGCUCUUUGGGACACGUCCCUCCUGUCGAAGGGCGCGCAUUGCCGGAGCUCGUGGAUCCUUGUGGACUAUGCCAUCUUCACUGGAGCCGUAUCUGCUUUUACGGAUCUCUAUUUGGCCAUUUAUCCGACAGUCAUUUUGCUGAAGCUCCAUAUGUCGCUGCGGAAAAGAUUGGCAUUGUGUGCAGCGUUGGGCCUGAGUGCGGUGUAAGCAAGAACUCAAAAAGCUCAUUGUCAUCAGUAAUCGCUAACAAACAAGAAUAUAGCGCUUGUGCAAUGGCAAUCAUUAAGUGCAUGCAGCUACCGGGCCUUGCUGAUCUCAGCGAUACGACAUAUGCCACAGCAGAUCUUGUGAUCUGGACAAGUAUCGAAUCGAACGUCGUGAUCCUAGCCUCAUGUAUCCCCACGUUACAACCGCUUCUCGAAAUAAUUCUCGGAAAGCGCAGUUUGAGAAGUACCAACAGAUAUCAAUACAAAGAGAGUAGUACACAACUGCCCGAGUCCAACAAGUGGAGCAGCAAGCGGUCCGCACACCGGAAAAGCAAAGGCAAUACGAUGGUCGCAGAUGUUGGCAGCCAGGAUAGCAUUUUGCAGACAGUUGACGGGGACGAGAGCCAUUAUAUGGGGCACAUCCGUCGUACAGAUAACAUCACCAUUGUGUACGAAAGUGUGACGCCACAGUCAGGUGGUGCUGAUAAUACAAAUAAUCAUGUAAAAUAG